AAAUAAUCAUUUCAACCAUGUAAAAUAAAAAAUUGUAAAAGAAAUGAAGAAAGAAAGAAAAUUUAGUUUGAAAUUGACCAUUCCCUUGUCUAAUCACCCCCUGAAAUGUCAACCACAUCAUUCUGGUGACUUCUUUCUUUUCUUUUCCUUUCCUACUCCCCCAAACAGUUUAACAUUCACUUCAGCCAUAUAUAUACAUAUAAAUACCCAACCGAGAUGCAGCGAACCGCUUUCAUCAUUUUAUGAAAGCCCACCCCCCAAAAAAAAAGAGAAAAAAAAGACAAACGACAUAGCUAACAAGUCCAGCAGAGUUUGAAGAAAGACCCUAAUUCAAACAUAUUCUAUAGUUAUUAUACAAAGAAGUGCAGUUUUGUGAAACCUUUAUACAUAAAGUAAUUGCAGUAAGGAGAGCUAGCCAUGGCAGAUGAAUUCCAGACGAGUGGGAACUGGUGGGAUUCAUCAAGAACAGCUACGUCUUCUUCAGCUAUGAAUAGCUUAGGAAGCUUUGGUAAUUGGUCCUCAACAACCUCAUCAACGGACAUGGUUGAUAUAAAGUCAAGAUCUUCUUUGGAUUCUGGUACAGCUUCUUCCAUGAUUUUCCAUGACACCCUCAAGCUCCAACAAGCCCAAGAUUCUUCUUCCCCCGCCGGAGCUUCCGCUGGAGGAACGGGAGACCACAACUUACAGAUGAUGAUGGGUUUAGGUCUUUCCUCCCAAGCUAUGGAUUGGAACCAAGCUGCCUUAUUAGGGGAAAAUAAAGCUGCUUCGGAAGGUAGUAGCUUUCGUUCAAUAUUAUUAGAAGAAAACGGCGGCAGUGGAAAUAACUUUCAACAAGAGAUAACUAGUAGUAGUAGUGGAGGAGGGCAACUUCAAUGGAGUAGACAAGAUCCAAAACUAUUGUUAUUUCCCGGUGAUUCAACAUCAAACGACACGACAUUUAAACAAAUGAACCGUGCUAUUACUACACCUGGUUUCUCUCUAGAUCACCACCACCAUCCUCAUCAUCAUGAGUUCAGCCCUCAGUAUAGCUCCGGGGACGGCAGCACUGUCACGUGCCAAGGUGGUGGCGGUGGUUUGGCUAAUAACAAUAACAAUCAUAAUUCAAGUUAUCAGGUGGAUUCGGCUGCCUUGUACGGAAGCCCCUCGGCCAUACUACUGCAAGGACUCUUUGGCCCUGAUAAUAAUCUAACAAGUUCCUCUAACAUGCCUUUUAAUAGUAAUAAUUCACCUCCCAACUACGGGGUGAUGGUGAGUAAUACAGCGACUACAGCUACAGCUUCCAAUAAUGAAGUAUUGGCUCCUAUGAACUCUAGUAAUUGGUCAAGCAAUAGUACAAAUAACAAACUUCCUCAGUUUCUUCGAGCUUCAUCACCGAAGCAGCAGCACUCACCCACGCCGGCCGCCAAUUACAGCCAUUUACAGUUCUCAAACAACGGGCCGUUUUGGAGUGCUCCUCCGGAGGCUGCCCCCGCCACCAUUAAGGACGUUAGGUCUAAUUUCUUCUCCACAUUGGCCACCCAACCACAGUUUCCGACCACAACUUUCGAUGAAAAACCUAAGAAUAUAUCCGAUGUUAGGGAUCAUCAUCAGUCGGGUGGAGUGGUGGCAAAGAAAAGUGGGAAUGAAGCCGCAUCGAAUAAAAGGGCACGAAACGAUCAAACUCAAUCGCCAUUGCCAGCUUUUAAGGUGAGGAAAGAGAAAAUGGGGGACAGAAUCACUGCACUCCAACAAUUGGUUUCACCUUUCGGAAAGACUGAUACUGCUUCAGUGCUCUCUGAGGCCAUAGAGUAUAUCAAAUUUCUCCAUGAACAAGUUAGUGUUUUAAGCAACCCAUACAUGAAAAGUGGAGCUGCCAUACAGCAACAGCAGAACAAUUCUGAGAAAUCUAAGGACACUGAAGAUCUCAAACAAGACCUUAGAAGCCGAGGACUAUGUUUGGUACCAGUUUCUAGUACUUUUCCUAUGACACAUGAGACCGCUGUUGAUUUUUGGACCCCUACAUUUGGUGGCACUUUCAGAUAGAAAAAGAAA